UAAGGUGAUUGUAUAUUCGAACGUUCCAGGAUCGUAUCUCAAGGCGUACUCUCGCAAUACUCUCCACACCAUCAAAACAUCACCAUGGAAGCCAACAUCUCUACGACUACUCUCUUACAAGCAAAGAACAAACCACGACGACGACUAUCGCAAGGCUCGCUGCAAACAAUCAGCUGAUAUGACGAGACAGCGUUAUCACAACGACCCAAAGUACAAGGCCCGAAAACUUCAAAGCAACACGCAAGAACAACACAUUCAGGUAGCAGGAUCCUCUCAUACGACUAAGACGCAUACUACAGUACUAGCUGUAUCAGGGUGGCUGACCAGCUGCCUUGGAAGACGCAUAAACCUGUUGGUUAUGCCAAAGGGACAGAGCAUUUCUGUGGCUUGUGCGCAUCGGACGAGGUCGGGUGGGGCUAAGGGUCUGGUGGCGUACUAUCGACAAGGAACUGUAUGGGGGAUAAGAUGGAGUUUCUCUGUCAUUCUCACUGUCAUUCUCACGUCUACUCGGAGCUGGUUCGAAGCUAUACGGACGGGAUAUGAGGACGUCGAAGGCUAUAGAGAUUUGGUCAAGAGAGACAAACGAGCUCGAUGCAGCGGCGGGUCCAGGAUGAUCAAAAGACUGAAUUGAUGCUAUCGAGUCAUAACGAGACGGCCAAGUAGACAAGUCAACGCCACUGAACCUGGUCAUAUGGAAGUAUGAUCUCCAGCACAGAACUUCGACGCUUAGAAGAGAGAGCAGAAGACCCAUAUUAUGAGUAAAGAAGAACCUGAUGUAUACGGGAGAUGCAAAAACAAUCUCUCGCCGAUAAAAGACAAACAACGCCGUGG